CCCUGAGUCAUAGCUUUGGGCUGGAGCCAUGGGAAAAACUUUGUGUGUAGCAGAGAAGGCAGCCCUUCCCUAGGAAGGCCUGGGAAAGUGGCCCAAGGACUAGGAAAGGCAAGGAAAGCCAUGGUAGAGGUUUGCAGGAGUGUUUGAACCCUGGAGACAAGCAAAGGUUAAGAGCGUUGUCAGUGUGGCAGCACUAGUCUUGUUUUAUCAGCCAACUGGGAUCACAGCUAUGGAUCUAAGGCCUUUGGGGUAUUUGGAGAGAGAGGGAGGGCUUUAGCAUGUGAGGGCCAGGCCUGGGAUGACUAGCUGGGCGGGCCUUGUUCAGAAGGCAGGCCUAUGGGCAGACCCAGGCAGUUUCACUUCCUGAGCCACUGCUGCCAGCAGCAGAACCAACACAGUGCCUUGCUGCCUGCUUCUCGGCUCAGCAUGGGCUCACAGGCUCUGCCCCUCGGUCCCAUGCAGACCCUCAUCUUCUUGGACUUGGAAGCCACUGGCCUGCCUUUUUCUCAGCCCAAGAUCACAGAGCUGUGUCUGCUGGCUGUCCAUAGAUGUGCCCUGGAAAACACCUCCAUCUCUGCGGGACAGCCACCUCCAGUGCCCAAACCACCCCGUGUGGUGGACAAGCUCUCUCUAUGCAUUGCUCCAGGGAAAGCCUGUAGCCCUGCAGCCAGUGAGAUCACAGGUCUGAACACAGCUGAACUGGAAGCAAAUGGACGGCAACCCUUUGAUGACAGCUUGGCCAACCUGCUCCAAGCCUUCCUGCAGCGCCAGCCACAGCCCUGCUGCCUUGUGGCACACAAUGGUGACCGUUACGACUUUCCCCUGCUCCAGGCAGAGCUUGCUAUGCUGACCAUUAGAAGUCCUCUAGAUGGUACCUUCUGUGUAGAUAGCAUUGCUGCCCUAAAGGCCUUGGAACAAGCUAGCAGCUCCUCAGAGCGUGGUCCAAGGAAGAGCUACAGCCUGGGCAGCAUCUAUACCCGCCUGUAUGGGCAAGCACCAACAGACUCACACACUGCUGAAGGUGAUGUUCUAGCCCUGCUCAGCAUCUGUCAGUGGAAGCCACGGGCCCUCUUGCAGUGGGUGGAUAAACAUGCCCGGCCCUUUAGCACCAUCAAACCCAUGUAUGAUAUUGCAGCUACUGCUGGAACAACCAAGCCAAGGCCAUAUGCUGCCACAACCACUACAUCCCUGACCACAACCAACACAAGUCCCAGCCAUGGCAGGAGCAGGCAACCCAAGAAUCUUCCUCCAGCAAAGGUCCCAGAAACCCCAUCAGAGGAGCUGCUGGCCCCACUGAGCCUGCUGGCCUUCCUGACCUUGGCGGUAGCCAUGCUGUAUGGAUUCUUCUUGGCCUCACCUGGGCAAUAAACCAAGGAAAAUCUGACUAAUAAAGACCCCCACAGCACUGACA